GCGGGAGGUGAAGCGGGGGGUGAAGGUGGAGCUUGGGAAUACCAGUGCUAGGGCGAGUUGGUGAUGGUGGAGUGUCUGCGCCCUCUGGAGAAGCAAAUCUGGCCCAGGACCUCUUGGGCAAUCAGCCACAAUGUCGAAUAAGGAGGUGAAGGCAGCACUGAAGAGUGCCAGGGACGCAAUACGGAAUAAAGAAUAUAAAGAAGCCUUAAAACACUGCAAGGCAGUUUUGAAGCAAGAAAAAAAUAACUACAAUGCGUGGGUGUUCAUCGGUCUGGCAGCUGCUGAGUUGGAGCAGCCGGACCAGGCCAAAGGAGCAUACAAGAAAGCAAUCGACCUUGAACCAAACCAGUUACUGGCAUGGCAGGGGUUAGCAAAUUUGUAUGAGAAAUCCAACCAAGGAGAUGUCAAAGCAGACUUGAUGGAUGUUUACCAAAAGCUCUUGGAGCUCUAUGAAAGUGGUGACAAGCAGAAGUGGUGUGAUGUGUGUAACAAGCUUGUGGAGCUGUAUCAGCAAGAAAAGAAAUAUUUAGAGGCGGCUGAAACAUGGCAGAAACUCAUUCAAAAGAAAAAAGAGGAUGCUGUGGAAAAGUCAGAGCUUCACCAGCUGUGGAAGAAGAUGAUCCAUUUGCUCAAGGACAACACACAGGACCAGGAUAACAAGACUGAGCAGUUGCUUUUGGUUGCAUUUGAGCACGCGCUAGGCUCUGCUGACACCAUUCCCAGUGAAGACCACCAAAAUCUUUACAAGGACUUCAUUCAGUGCUUGUCAAAGUUUCCUUAUGAAACGGCCAGGCUGGAAAAGGCCUGUAAUGAUAUGAUGGCUUUGUAUCCAACUGUGACUUAUCCUUUAGAAGUGCUUUCCUUGCACUUUGUUCAGUCAGGUACUUUGUCAGAAGAGGCCCUGCGCUGUUUUUCUCGUCUUUCAGAGAUGGAUGCAAGCAGUGCUCCGGGAAUCAUCGGAUUUGGUAUCAAAUGCCUCCAAGAAAAGAAAUACAAGGAGGCUGUGAAAAGUCUUACCGAAGCUUUGCAGAAGACUGGCCAGUGCCCAGCAGCGUGGUAUUAUUUGGCAGAGUCGCAGAUGAAGAUUCACAAACACAGAGAUGCUGUGCUGUCCUGUGAUCAAGCUCUUGAGGCUCUUGGAACUCCUACGGGUCCUAGUCUUCGGUGGAAGAACCAUAUCCUUCAGUUGAAAGCGGAGGCCUUGAUUAAAAUAGGUGAUGCGGAUGGUGCAGAAGAAGCCAUUAAAGCACUCGAACAGAUUGCGGAUGCCAGCAGCAAUCCAGCGGUUUUGGCUAUCAGAGGUCAGGCUUAUCUAAACAAGGGUUUAGUCGAUCAAGCUUCAGAGAUUUCACAAGAGCUUUUGUUGUCCUACCCUGAUCUAGCUGAGUCCCACGCUAUGGAGGGUUUCAUCCAUUAUUCCCAAAAGAACUAUGAACAGGCAGAAAGAAGUUUCCUAAAGGCCAUUGAAAGAAAUGACGAAACUGCCGAGUAUCAUCAGUACCUGGGUCUCACCUACUGGUUCAUGAGUGAUGAGACGAAGAAAGACAAAGGGAAAGCACUCACUCAGUUCUUGAAGGCUGCAAAAUUGGACAGCUACUUGGGAAGUGUCUUUCGUUAUUUAGGUAACUACUACAGAGACAUUGCUGGAGACAAAAGCAGAGCUCGUGGUUGCUAUAAAAAGGCUUUUGAACUGGAUGAAACUGAUGAAGAAUCUGGAACAGCAGCUGUAGACUUAAGUGUGGAGCUUGGAGACAUGGACUCUGCUCUAUCAAUCCUGAAUGAGGUAACUGAAAAAGCAAGAACGGGUACAGCAAAGUGGGCCUGGCUUCAUCGUGGGCUCUACUACCUGAGAACUGGGCAGCCAUCAAAAGCAGUGGCCGAUUUGCAGGCUGCUCUCAGGGCUGAUCCAAAGGAUCCCAACUGCUGGGAGUCUCUAGGGGAGGCUUACUUGAGCAGAGGUAGCUAUGCAACAGCUCUGAAAUCCUUCAGGAAAGCAAGUGAGCUGAACCCAGCACUUGUGUACAGUGUUUACAAAGCCGCAGCAGUUGAGCAGAUUCUAGGGAAAUACAAAAAUGCUAUCACUACCUAUCAGCAGAUCUUGGAGACGACAGAGGAAUAUGUACCUGCACUGAAAGGACUUGGUGAAUGCUAUCUCAUGCUGGCAAGAUCGGCCCUUGAGAAUUAUUUUGACAGGAAGGCUAUGGAUUACAUAGAGCAUGCUCUUGAAUUUUUCACAAGGGCAACAAAGCAGCGUCCUGAUGUAUCUUGCCUCUGGAAACUACUUGGAGACACCUGUACGAGCAUCCAUGUUGUCUCACCAGCUAAAGCGAGUGUUCGAGUUCUGGGAUCCCUUCUUGGUAAAAACACAGGAAAACAGAUGCUGGAGAAGAGUGAGCUGCUCAGACUCGGGGCAAGGUGUUAUGGCAGAGCAUUGCAACUGAUGCCUUUGCCCAGUAUAUGGUGUGAUCUUGGAAUCAACUACUAUCGACAAGCAGAACACCUCACAGCAACGGGCACUGACAUGAAUGAGAUCAGUGAGCUCUUGGAGAAAUCUUUGCAGUGUAUCAAAAAGGCUGUGAGGCUUGACAGUAGAAAUCAUCUUUAUUGGAAUGCACUUGGUGUAGUUGCUUCCUGUAGUGCUAUUGGGAAUUACGCUCUUGCUCAACAUUCGUUCAUCAAAUCAGUUCAAGCUGAGGAAACCAAUGUCGUUGCCUGGACCAACUUGGGGGUUUUGUAUCUGGCAACUGGAAACAUUGAGCAAGCUCAUGAAGCCUUCAAGGUGGCCCAGGCUCUGGAGCCUACGUACUUGUUGUGUUGGAUUGGACAGGCUCUUAUUGCAGAGUCAGUAGGCAGCUAUGACACGAUGGAUCUCUUCAGGCACACAACAGAACUCAGUAUGCACAAUGAGGGAGCGAAAGGCUAUGCCCACUGGGUAUGUUCGACACUGCAGGAUGAAAGCAACAGAAACACCGACCUGUAUCUGUACAACAUUGUCCAAAUGAACGCUAUCCCAGCAGCCCAGGUGGUCCUCAACAAAUACACAGAAAGAAACCCGGAUGAUGCAUCUGCUUUCACAAUGCUUGGUUAUUUGAAUGAGCAUCUGAAUCUAAAGAGACAGGCAGCAGCUGCCUACGAGAGGGCAGCUUCAUUGCUGAAAAACUCUGAAGAUACUGAGAAAUAUAAUGUUGCCAUGCAGAACUAUGGCAGGUCACUGUGCACCCUGGGUGAGUGCAACAAGGCCAUUGAGGUUUACACAUCAAUACCCCUCACCACAUUUGAUAGCAUCAUGGGGAUCGCGUUGGCCUACUUUAAGAAGGGACUCCUACAAGAGAGUAUCAAAGCCUAUGAAAAAGCCUUGUCUGUUGCCAAAUCUGAACAAGAUAAAGCGCAUAUCCUGACUGCCCUGGCCAUAAUAGAGUAUAAGCAGAACCAAGUGGAUGCUGCAAAGGCACUGCUAUUUAAAUGCUCAUUAAAGGAACCUAGUAUGGAAAGCUUGAAGGCUUUGUGCACACUGGGACUGGUGCAGCAGGAUGCUACGCUUGCAACAGCUGCCCUAAAAGAGUUACUGAAGCAUGAAAAGGGGGAUGAUGACGUUGAGGAGAGGUGUCUUAUUGCAUCUGCUGUUUAUGCCCUGCAAGGCCGAAGUGUGAUGGCCCAGAGAGAAGUCUCCAAAGCAAUCCACACUAACCCUGCUAAUCCUGCCCUCUGGUCUCUGCUGUCUCGACUAGUCCCACUGUAUGCAUCUCGAAAGGCAAAAGGGGGAGCUGUGGCAGGAAAUUCUGCACAUGUACUUGAUAUGAACCAUGGAAAGGAAGCCCUGCUGAAUAUUGCUGUGAAUCAGCUGGCAGCAGGAUGCCACAUGUUAGAAGAUGAGAAAAACAACCCUCUGAAAAACAUUCAGAAAGCCAUCCAUCUCUCUCCAGAUAAUCCCGCUGCCUGGGCAGUCCUAAUGGCAGCCUGCCAUGCUGAAAAUACCGUCGUCUGCCUGAUUAACACUAAGCCGAAGCGAGUGGGUCUAGAGAUGACACAUGUAUCUACAGUUUCAGCCAAAACUGGAGAAAACAAUCUUCCACCUAAUUAUAUCCGGACUCUUGAAGAGUGGUGCCUGUGUCAAGCUAUUACUAGUCUAGAAGAGACUGGUAAACUCUCAGAAGCCGAAGCUCUUUGUAACAAGAGCCACAGUGGAUGCUCCAAAUUUGAUUGUUAAAAAGAAAAGUCUUAAGGUAACGUGGAUGACACUGAUCUGGGCCGGAGUGUGGAUGUGUGGACGGCAUGGAUGCUCUGCAGCGGGACCAGGCCAGGCUGAAUCCGUGGGCUGAGACCAGCGGGAUGAGGUUCAACAAGGCGAAGUGCUGGGUCCUGCACUUGGUCCACAACAACCCCAUGUUGCUCCAGACUUGGGGCAGAGCGGCUGGAAAGCUGCGUGGAGGAGAAGGACCUGGGAAUGUUGUUUAACAGAGGCUGAACAUGAGGCAGCAGUGGCUCAGGUGGCCAAGAAGGCCAACAGCAUCUGGCUUGGAUCAGAAACUGUGUGGCCAGCAGGAGCAGGGAAGUCGUUGUGCCUCUGGACUCAGCACUGGUGAGGCUGCACCUUGAAUCCGGACCCCUCACUCCAAGAAGGACGUUGAGGGGCUGAAGCAUGUUCAGAGAAGGGAACGGAGCUAGGGAAGGGUCUGGAGAAGAAGUGUUAUGAGAGGUGGCUGAGGGACCUGAGGAUGUUUAGUCUGGAGUAGGGCAGUUUGAGGGGAAACCUCAUUACUGUCUGUAGCUCCCUGAAAGGAGAUUGUGAUGAGGUGGGUGCAAGUCUUUUCUCCCAAGUGACAGGCGAUAGAAUGAGAAGAAGUGGCCCAUGUGACUGUGUUCCUUGCUUGUGGCAUUUCUUUAUUAACAGGGAAGAGGGGUUAAAAAAUAAACCCAAAACAAACUCGGUCAAUGUUGUGGUUUUUUAUGGAUUCUAGGAUACUUUCUUGUGUCUUUAUUUGCUUGGUGAGAUGGUGUUUUCUGACCAGUGUGUCUACAGACCUGUCUCAGGGUAACAAGAAUGAGAGAUUUCUAGCCAUACAAGGUGGUGUAGAGGCAUGGGGGAAGCUUCUGGUGGGUUUUAUUGUUUUUUAUUAUUUAAGUAUCUUGGGGAGAAGAGAGCCAUUGCAGAGUAACACACUGCUGCUACAAACCCUCAUUGACACUUUUGGACCCCAUGCUUCUCAGAAAGCAAUGUGAAUGGGGGUGGUGAGUUGGGCACUGGAGUUGUUCACUUUGGGACAGGCAAUGUGAUUCCAUGUUUCUUAAUGGAGGAAGAUUGCAAUAAAGAGAAGCUUCUGUUGUGUUUCAGAAAGCCUCAGCACGUAUGUGCAUUCUUCACUAAAGCAGCAUUUUGUUAAGGGCUCACAAGCAAUGUAACUUGUUUUUUAAAAGGGUGCAAAGUACAAGUGCUGUUUCUUAGAAAAGAUCUGCUUUGAGUUGUAAUUCUUGGAAACAUUGUGAUUUGAGCAGGUGAAAUAACAUGGGAUGACCUGCAGAAGCUACACAUGCUUCACCUGGGAAGAAUAAAGCAACAGAUGGCUUGUUUUCUAUCUUUGCUCUUUUUGUGUAAGUUUAUUCUGAAAAAUACUCUCUACUUGCACCCUCAGCAAGUCAGCAGGCGACACCAAGCUGAGUAGCGCAGUUAUUGCAGCGGAAGGAUGGAAUGUCAUCCAGAGGGACUUGGACAGGCUGGGGAAAUGGGGCCAUGUGAACCUCAUGAGGUUCAAUGAGGCCAAGAGCAAGGUCCUACAUCUGGGUCAGGGCAAUCUGUGGUUUCACUAUAGGCUGGGGGAUGAUGUGAUUUGGAGCAGCCCUGAGGAGAAGAACUUGGGGCGCUUAGGGAGGAGAAACUCGACAUUAGCCGGCAGUGUGCGCUCACAGCCCAGAAACCAACUGCAGCCUGGCUGCAUCCAAAGCUGUGAGACCAGCAGGGCAAGGGAGGGGAUUCUACCCCUCUGCUCUGGUGAGACUCCACCUGGAGUCUUGUGUCCAGUUCUGGAAUCCCUAACAUAAAAAGUAUAUGGAAGUGUUGGAAUGGAUCCAGAGGAGGCCAUGGAGAUGAUGCGAGGGUGUUGCUCUUUUGUCCUUUCUUCUGAGGCCAGGCUGAGAGAGUUGGGGUUCUUCAGCCUUGAGAAGACAAGGCUCCAGGGAGACCUUACAGCAGCCUCCAGUGCUGAAAGGGGCUCCAGUAAAGCUGGAGAUGGACUGCUUAUAAGGGCAUAGAGUGAUGGGACGAGGAGGAAUGGCUUUAAAUUGGAGAGGGGGAAGAUUCAGAUGAGACAUUAGGAAAUUCUUCACAGUGAGGGUGGUGAGGCCCUGGCCCAGGCUGCUCAAAGCAGUGGUGGCUGCUCUGUCCCUGGAGGAGUUCAAGGCCAGGUUGAAUGGGGCUUUGAGGUCGCUUCCAACCCAAACCAUUCCAUGGUUCUAUGAUUCUCCUGUUAUUAAGCAGGAAAUGUUCAGUAAGGUGCUUGUGUUUCAGUGAGGAUAAAGCAUCUGGGAGAACUGAAAUUGCUUGGAAUACACUAAGGGUCACUUCUACUCACAGGACAGAGUUUUGCCUCUGUUAGCCUGAAACUAUAGUGAUUGUGAAGCCAAAGGAGAACUAGAGGGCUGACAUUUAUUUGUCUUAUCAUUCAGAGACCUCUAAGGCUGGGACAGGUACAGAACUUAGGAUGGACUUCAAAUGUGUGUUGAGGACAGAAAAAAUGUUUUCUGUUUUCAUAUGUCAGUUUCUGCAAUGCUGCUUUGUGCAGAACAGGAAAAAACGCCACAUUAAGAGCAUCCCAAGAGUGCUGUCAGAGCUGUUUUCUGUAAAGAUUGAAAUGGAA